AUGACCACGGUGGCUGAGUCUGUGCCGCGCGAAGCGAGCACGCCACGCGCCGCCGCGACGCUGGAGGUGCCGGACGGCCCCGCGCUGCCGCUGGCGUCGCCGACCGCGCUCUCGUACUUUGCGGCGCACCCGCGGCGGCCGCAGGUGUACUUUGGCGACUACCUGCUGCUGCAGACGCUGGGUGAGGGCGAAUUCGGCAAGGUCAAGCUUGGUGUGCACCGCACGUAUGGCGAAGAGACUGCGAUCAAGCUCAUCAAGCGCGAGAAGGUCGCGGCCGCGGAGGCCGAGGAGCACGCCGAGGGCUCCAAGAUGAGCAAGGUCGAGCGCGAGAUCCGCGUGCUGCGGGAGCUGCGCCACCCGAACAUCGUGCACCUGUACGAGGUCAUCGAGUCGGAGCGCUACAUCGGCAUCGUGCUCGAGUACGGCGCGGGCGGCGAGCUCUUCGACUACAUUCUCGCGCACAAGUGCCUCCAGGAGCGCGAUGCGUGCCGCCUGUUUGCGCAGCUUAUCUCGGGCGUGUCGUACCUGCACCGCAAGAAGAUCAUCCACCGCGACCUGAAGCUCGAGAACCUGCUCCUGGAUCGCCACCGCAAUGUGAUCAUCACCGACUUUGGCUUUGCGAACGACUUUAGCUCGCGCGAGAACGACCUGAUGGCCACGAGCUGCGGCAGCCCGUGCUAUGCGGCGCCCGAGCUCGUCGUGCAGGACGGCCUGUACGUCGGCGCCGCCGUCGACGUGUGGUCGUGCGGUGUCAUUCUCUACGCGAUGCUCGCAGGCUAUUUGCCGUUUGACGACGACCCCGCGAACCCCGACGGCGACAACAUCAACAUGCUCUACAAGUACAUUAUGGCCACGCCCCUCACAUUCCCCGACUAUGUGGGCGAGGAGCCGCGCUCGCUCCUCCUGCGCAUGCUCGUCCCCGACCCGGCGCACCGCGCCACCCUCGACGAGGUCAUGGCGCAUCCCUGGCUUGCGCCGUACCGCGACCUGUUCCGCUUCUCGGUCGAGGAGCUCGAGAGCGCGGCGAUCGAGCAGCAGGCCAAGAAGCGCCAGGCCUACCGCGACCAGAUGCUCUACCAGCAGAAGCUGCUUGAGCAGCAGCAAGCUGCCGCGCUUCCGGUCGCGACGAGCCAGCCGCUGUCUGCAGACACCCUCCCUACGUCCGCGACGGCCAGCUCGCUCGGGGACGAUGCACGCCCUGACUCGGGUCUCUCGACCUCGGAGACGGUCGUUGACGAGCGGGCAGCGCCGGAGACGGUCGAGACGCCCGUCGUCCAGCCCGAGGCGGUGGCGCAGCCCGAGGCGGUGGCGCAGCCCGAGCCAGUGUCGGUGCAACCCGAGCCAGCGCAGCCCGAGCCAGCGCAGCCCAAGCCAGAGUCGGCACAGCCCGAGCCAGCGCAGCCCAAGCCAGAGUCGGCACAGCCCGAGCCAGCGCAGCCCAAGCCAGAGUCGGCACAGCCCGAGCCAGCGCAAGUGCAGCCAGAGCCAGCGCAGCCCAAGCCAGCGUCGCCGCAGGUCUCUGCCGCGCCUGUCACGCAACCGCCUUCCGACACGUCCAGCGAGCUGCCCGCGCUGCCACUGCCCGACGUGCCUCUGCCGCCAGCGCCGAUGCUGCCCUACUCGGCCACCGCGCCGGCGCUCUCCGGCAGAGAGGCGUACCCCCCGCUGUCCGAGACAUGGAUGACGUCGUUGCUGUCGUCGACGCCGCUCGAAACGGCCACCAAGCGCAAGAGCGAGGUGGACGAUGUACAGCCACGCUCGAUGGCCAAGACGCGCAUCGCGACCGAAGCACCGGCGCGCGCCAAGGAGGCGGCGAUGCGCCGUGCCUCGCCGCGUGCCGACGCAAAGCUGGCGCCCGCGCUCUCAUACAAUGCGACCGGCGUCCCGAUGCUGGCGCCCGUGUCGGCACUCAAGCGUGAGACGCCGACCACCUUUGGACAGGAGCCGCUCAGUCUUACGUCGUUUCUGCCGCAGCGCCUCGGCGACACGCGUCCCCGCAAGACAUCCAUCGGCAAGGCCGACCCGGUCCCCGAGGCCCUAAGCAAGGAGUCGGACAGGGCAUCCAAGGCCAAGGCAGAGCCGCUAGUGCCGAGCAAGAUGCCCGUUGCCUACACCUCUGCCUCCGAGGCCCCCGCGUCUGAGGUCCCUGCGCCUGUCUUUGAGGCGCCGCUCCCCGAGGUCCCUGCGCCUGUCGUCGAGGCCCCUACACGCGAGGACACGACGCCUGUCCUUGCGGCCCCCGUGUCCGAGGCGCCGCUCCCCGAGGUCCCUGCGCCUGUCUUUGAGGCGCCCGUGCGCGAGCCCCCUACGUCGGUCUUUGCGGCGUCUGUACCCGAGGCUCUUGUGCCGAAGGCUCCUACGCCCGUCACAGAGCUCGCUGCGCCCGAGUUCGGUGCACCUGUCGUUGAGGCCUCGGCGCCCGUGGCGAAGGUCCAUGCGUCCGCACCGGCUCGACCGCAGCCUGCGACCAAGCAGCGCCCCCGCCCUGUGUCGAUGCCUGCGGCAGAGGUCGAGGUACCUGAGCGUCGCGUGCCCGUCUCGGCGCCCGUCGCGCCCGGCCGCAUGUCCCUGGACACGGACGCGGAUCGCUUCGCCCCGCCGGUGAACGGGGCGCCCCGCUCGGGCGCGUGGUGGCGCCGCUUAAGCGGUGCGCCACGCGAGGCAGACGAGUCGUUCGCUAUGCGUGGCGCAUCGCUCGAUACAUCGCGCACGCGCAUCGACGAAGAGCGCACCGAGCACCAGCGCCUCGCGCAAGCGCGUCUCGAGGGCCGGCACCGCACGUGGAGUGGCAUGCCCUCGCUCGAAGCGCGCACGGCCGUGGAGAAGCGUCUGAGCGUGCACAAUGGCGCCGUCGACCAAAGUGCGCUCACGACGCGCAUGCCCGACGAGCUGUUCAUGGAGCUGCUGCAGCUGCUGCAGCGCCUGGGAGUGGCCGUGCGCCCGUCGCGCGCCGAGUUCCGCGUCGAGUGCAUGCGUCCUCGCCGGCUGAACGCGCUGGAGCGCCUCUUUUCGUCCCACCGGCACGAGACCUCGCGGCGCCGCUGGUCACGUGGUGGGAAGCACGCGCCGAGCGCCGAGGUCGAGCAGGGCCUGCAGCGCAUGAGCCUGAGCGUGUCGUCGCAGUCGCUCGAGGCGUUUACGGCGUCGAAUGUGCCGCCCCUGUAUGGCGAUUCCGCCGUCGAUGGUGGGCAUGAGGUGCGCUUCUCCGUGGAGAUUGCGCGUCUGGUGCGCCUACAGGGCCUCUACAGUGUGGACAUCCGCCGCAUCAAGGGCAACCCGCACUCGUUCAAGUUCCUCUACGACACUGUCCUUGAACACCUCGAGCUGGGCACCCGUGUAUAG